CGGCCAGAAGAUUCCCUCCCCAGCCGCGCACGACCCCUUUCUAUCCUCCGGUGCCCCCGACCAGGACCGCCAACACCGGCCGCCGCCAUGUCUCCGGCCCCGCCGCCGCCGUCGCGCGCCCGCAUCCGGCCGUGGCUGGUGGUGGGGGACCUGGCGCUGGCGGCCGCGUGGGUGUGCGCGGGCGCGCUGGUGAAGCUGCUCGUGUACGGCCCGCUCGGCUUCGGGGGCCGGCCUCAGGCCGAGGCGGUGAAGGCCUCGCUCUCCAUCGUGUACAUGUUCAUCUUCGCCUGGCUCGAGGCCGCCACGGGCGGCGCCUCCUACAACCCGCUCACCAUCCUUGCCGCCGCCGUCGCCUCCCACGGCGGACCGGCCGUAUACCUGUUCACCGCCUUCGCGCGAAUCCCUGCCCAGGUGAUUGGGGCGGUUCUGGGAGUGAAGCUGAUUCAGUUUACUUUCCCUAAUGUGGGUAAGGGGGCCCGCUUAAGUGUUGGUGCUCAUCAUGGAGCAUUAGCUGAAGGAUUAGCAACUUUCAUGGUUGUUAUGGUGUCAGUGACUCUUAAGAAGAAGGAGAUGAAAAGUUUCUUUAUGAAGACAUGGAUCACAAGCAUCUGGAAGAACACAAUUCAUAUCCUUAGCUCGGACAUAACUGGAGGGAUAAUGAACCCUGCAUCUGCUUUUGCUUGGGCAUAUGCUCGAGGAGAUCAUACAACAUUUGACCACCUACUGGUAUAUUGGCUGGCGCCUCUCCAAGCAACCCUGUUAGGAGUGUGGGUAGUGACCUUCUUAACUAAACCCAAGAAGAUCAAGGAGCAGUAGGCAGAUGAAAACAAGCACAAGAAGAAAUAGACUAUUCUUUUGUGGAGUUAGAGCUCCAUUUCAUCUUCUUAACAAGAAGAGAUGAAUGUUUCGAAGCUAAUCUAAGAAAUACCCAUCUAUCGUUGUUAGCUUCUGAGAAGUCUCCUUGGUCCGCAUCUCUUGUAUCUAGCUUGCUUGGAUUGUCCAGCAGCUUGUAAAUAUCUGUUCCAGCCAAGAUAUUGGGACCAGUGUAUGGGAGGUAAAACUUCUGAGUUGAUGGUAGCCUACAUUAUUAUUGCACCAGAUUGGUGAAAGUA